GAUAAACCAGAGUGUAGUACGUAGUAAUGGUUCAGAUAUUUGAAUCACAUACCCACCCACUUUGAAGCAAUCUCCCGGAUAGAUCCGGAUGAUCCGGAUGAUCUUCAAUAGCCCUGCAGUAGGAAUGCACCAUUCACUCCCCGUCACGUCACACAAUCAUUCUGAGAUACGCUCCCGGAGUCACAGUUUGUUGGGAUCCGACAAUCAACAGAAUACAGGUUAAUCCAUCUACCCGUCAAGGGUAUAAAACAUCAAUCCUCCCUCCCUUUCUCUCCUCUCCUCCCCAAUCAUUCAUCCCAUCCCAUCCAAUUCCCCUCACCAUCCUGCCCUCCACCAUGCAUUCCAUCCAACUCCCCCUCCUAGCCGCAGGCUUCUCCCUCAUCACCACCGCCAUGGCCGACUACUACUCCUUCAAAGGCUACGGCGGCUUCGGUCUCUACACCGGGCCCGGAGAGGACGACUACGUGGGGUGUCUCACCGUCGACGGCGAAUGGACCAAUGGCGGUGAAUGCGGCGUCACCUAUGCCUCUGGAGAGGGUGAAGUGAAUAGUGUCAAUGGCCACUUUACCCUUACUGAAGACCUGACCAUCACUGCUGUUCCGGAUGAUGAGAACCCUGCCGUUUGGUAUAUCACGGAGCUUAAGAUCCCGGUAGGAUAUAUGAAUGUGGUGUAAGGGGUCUGUGGAUGCUAAUGUGUGUGCGUGUUGUAUCUAGCCCGGAAUGAUCGUCGCCAAUUAUGGGGAUCAGGCGGCGGGAGGCGGUGGGCCGUAUUGGUAUGCUCCUCUCGCGCCGGAGGGGACGGGGUCGGUCAAG